GCACAUCUGAAUCCGGAUCCAUCUUUGCACAGAAUCCUGUAACCGGCAGCUUGCGAAGAUAAGAAAAAUGCCAACGUCAAAAUAUUUCGAUCGAAUCCCCCCAUUUCCUUCUGAUAUGCCUGUGGUUUCUCUGGCAAAAGUCUCUCUCGAGGCUUUGAAGGAGAAUAGGGGAUCUGAAGUAGAGAAGCUAUACGAAGCCUGUCAAAAAUGGGGGUUCUUUCUGCUAGACUUGAAGGAGUCAAGUGAAGGGGCUACCCUGCUCCAAGAUGCCGAAAAAAUGUUUGAAUUGACUACAGAGCUCUCUACACUGAAUCACGAGACCCUAAAAGCCUACACUUACAAACCCCCAGACUUUAUGAGGUAUAAAUGUAUGGGAAGCUUGAAGACGGACGAUGGCGACGUCGACUAUAUUCACGCCUACUCGCUCAGUCAAGAUGAAAUGCUAGGGAUUUCCAGUCAUUCACGCCUUCACCCCGAUGUGAUUAGCACCAGUCAGGAGCAGAUCAGACAAUUUAUCGAACACGCCCAUGCCGUGCUAGAUGAGGUUUUGGCUAAAUUGGACACUUGUCUAGGCAUCGAAUCCCAGACACUAGAAGCAUUGAGUCCGCUGGAUCAAGAAUCUGACGGUAUCGUUCGCCUGCUCUGGAGCCCAGCCCAAACCAAUCCCAAUUACGAUCGCAUUUUAUUCGGUGGCCAUACUGAUAUGGGAACAAUGACGCUUCUGUUCAACAUCGCAGGCGGGCUUCAGGUUCUCCCCGCAGGGUGUGAGAAUUGCAAAGAAAAUUGGCGUUACAUAAAGCCUGAGCCCGGAUGUGCUGUGGUAAAUGUCGGCGACACAUUGGUAGAGUGGACUGGGGGCCUCCUGCGCAGCUCUCUGCACCGGGUAGUGACAGCUCCAGGGGACCAGGCAAUGGUGCAGCGGCACAGUGUGGCCUAUUUGGUACGUGCUAAGCGAAAUGCGUCACUUCAGCGCCUUAAAGGAGGCACCAUCCCGCCACUGGCACCUGGAGAAGAGGAUGAAACGCGUCGGUAG